UUUUAUUUAUAGUCUAUUUUUACGCCACGUCAUCUCUACCUUGAAAAAUUGAAAUUCAUCAUUUUUCUUCCUCCUUAAGAUUUUUUUUUUUUCUUUUCUAAUUAACGACAACACGACGAAGAUGAAUCCUUCUCACGGUGGCGACGACAAGCAACGACCGGCGAUGUAUCCCCAAGUUGAUCAAUCCAUUCCUGAUAAUCCUUUUGCUUCUACAAAUCCUUACGUCGCUUCUUCACCUUAUCUAUAUCCUUCUCUAUCCUCUCAUAAUCUCGGACCUAAUCUCUUCCCAGACCACGGAGAUGCAUCCAACGACCAAUCACCAUCUGCUCCUCCUCAGGCGACGGAGGAGGUUCUCAUCCGUGUUCCCGGCGCUAUUCUCAACCUUAUCGACAAAUCCUACAGCGUUGAACUCGCGUGCGGUGAUUUCACCAUCGUUCGAAUUAUCCAGGGGCAAAACAUUGUAGCGGUUCUAGCCAAUGUUGGAAAUGAGAUUCAAUGGCCGUUGACGAAGAACGAGGUUGCAGCUAAGGUUGAUGGAUCUCACUAUUUCUUUUCGAUUCAUCCGCCAAAGGAGAAAGGUCAAGGAUCUGGGUCUGAUUCAGAUGAUGAACAAGGGCAAAAGAGUAAAUCGAAAUCGGAUGAUGAGAUUCUUAAUUACGGAUUGACCAUUGCUUCGAAAGGGCAAGAGAAUGUAUUACUUGUGCUUGAUCAGGUUUUACGAGACUACAGUUGUUUCACAGAGCAGAGAAUGUCUGAAAAAGCCAAGGAGACUGGAGAAGAGGUGCUGGGAAAUUCAGUGGUGGCGGACACUUCGCCGGAGGAGCUUAAGGGUGAGAGAAAGGAUGUUGUGGAAGGUCAAUGUGCGGCGUAUUGGACAACACUUGCACCGAAUGUCGAGGAUUAUACUCACAGUACUGCUAAAAUGAUAGCUUCCGGGUCAGGUAAGCUGAUCAGAGGGAUACUGUGGUGUGGGGAUGUAACUGUGGAGAGACUCAAGAAGGGAAACGAGGUUAUGAAGAAUAGGCUUAGUCGUGCUGAGAAGGAGAAAGAUGUUAGCCCUGAGACACUGAGGAGAAUCAAGAGGGUUAAGAGAGUGACACAAAUGACAGAGAAAGUUGCCACUGGUGUUCUUUCUGGUGUUGUCAAAGUCUCGGGAUUCAUCACUGGUUCAAUGGCAAACUCAAAAGCUGGAAAGAAGCUUUUUGGUCUCUUGCCUGGAGAGAUUGUUCUCGCAUCCCUCGAUGGAUUUAGUAAGUAGAUUACUUGUUUUUGGUUUCUCAUAUUUCCUAUCCCAUGCUUGGAGGGUCAUAAAAGCUUCUUGAUUCACGAGUUGCCUUGCUUUCUUUCAUCUCACUUGAAUACAUGUUUUGACAUGACCAGCAUUACAAUUAUUGUUUAUCCGACUUUCCCUCUGAUGGCCAUUCCCAUAAUUUUUCCAAUUUUUCGAAUAUGACAUUUAGCAGAAGUUCCUUGAUAUAGUGUAUUAGUGCUUGGAUCUGCUUCUUGCAUUGAACAAGUUAGUCUGGUGGACUUUGGAGCAUUAUUCUUUUUGUGGGUUUUUAAUUUCAAAGUUACCAAAUGUUUUGUAAUCGCUGGCUUCCCUUAUAUACCGAACCCUUUUUUGUUUAAGGCACAUGGGAUUAGUACCCUUCUUUUCAUGUUUACUUCUUGUUGCAGGCAAGAUCUGUGAUGCUGUUGAAGUUGCUGGGAAAAACGUAAUGUCGACUUCAUCAACUGUCACAACAGAAUUAGUCAAUCACAGGUACGGCACAAAAGCAGCAGAGGCUACUAACGAAGGGCUAGACGCAGCGGGACAUGCAUUUGGAACGGCAUGGGUUGCUUUCAAGAUUCGAAAGGCAUUUAACCCCAAAAAUGUCAUAAAGCCUUCAUCAUUGGCCAAGUCUGUUUCGGAACUAAAGGCUAAGAAAGGCUCCAAGUAAACACUAAACAGCCUUCAACUGUUCUGUGUUCAUCUAAACUUGCAUUUAGUUUUUCAUUUUGGAAAAGUAUAUGAAGAUUGAUUGAUGUAACUCUAUAUUUAGUUUUCUGUGUAUAUUGUGAUUCUAUGUAAACUAUAUAAACAGUUUCUUCCAAUCUUCUCCCAUUUAUGGGUUUGAUUUGUAACUUCUUAAUGCAUCGAGAAGCAGUAUUAGUACUCUUUAUCUUUCUUUUGU